AAAAAAUGGAGGAUGAAAACAACUUCACUCUAAGUGGUGAUAUCAAUGGUCCCCUACUAGCAGCAGUUAUCAGUAUAGAGAUGAUAGGAGGACUCAUUGCUAACUCAUUUGUACUCAUACUGACUAUAUGCCAUAUAAAGACUUGGAAACAACCCUCUACUAUAUUCCUUACUAACAUGCUGAUAUCUAACCUCCUGAUUGUCCUCUUUGUGAUGCCUUUUGCAAUUACAACUGCAGCAAGUGGUGAGUGGUUGUUCGGAAAAACUGACAAACAGAAAGUGAAGGCUUGCCAGUUUACGGCUUUCAUGUUUUGGUUCUGUGUGAUUGUAAUCACAGAAGGUCUCGUGUUGCUAUCGUUUGAUCGGUUCUUUUACAUUGUCAAGUCUUUUGAAUACGAGCGACACAUGAACCGGAAAAUAUCAAUAAUAAUAGUGACACUGUCAUGGCUACUUGCUGCCCUGCUAACUAUCCCACCAUUGUUUGGUCUCGGGCGUUUUGGUUUUUCUUCAAGUUACGGUAUUUGUGUCCCACGCUGGGAAGGAGAGCCUGGCUAUGUAGUAUACAUGCUAAUAGUAUUCAUCAUUUUCUUGUUGAGCAUCAUCAUAACGUCCUCCUGGACUAUGAUUUACACAAGGCGUUACUUAAACAUGGAAAGACAAAGGUUACAGUUGUUUGAUGUAAACAAUGAUGGCAAUACUAAUGAUAUAUAUGCAUCAAGGAAGAGACGAGUCAUUGGUCUCUUUGGUAUGAUAAUGAUUGUACACUUACUCUGUUACCUUCCCAGUAUGAUAGUAGCUCUAAUGGAGCUGGUUACUGCUCCACCUCCUCAACUUUAUGCUACCAUUUUCUUACUCUUCCUUUUGCUUACUGUCCUAAGUCCUCUAGUGCAGUCUUUCUUCAGGCGAGAUAUAAGAGGUACUGUAGUCAAGCUGACUGGCUGGUGCUCUGAAGUGGCUAAACUUUUUAAUAAAAAAUAUACUCGGAUUGCAUCCAGUUCCGAAAACUAAAAUCCAGUUAUUGUUUGUGUGUUAUAUUUUCAUUAUUUAAUAGCUAUAAAAUUAGUUAUUUACAGGAUUUUAUUAUAUUUUUGAACAAUGAAGUAACAACAAUGAA